AAGAGUGAAGCUGUUACCUCUUCCAGCAGACAAAAACCCUAGUUUGUGUGCGUUAGCGGAGGUAAGGUAAGGUAAAGAUGCCGGCUGGUCAUGGUUUGAGGUCACGCACUAGAGACUCGUUCUCUCGUCCAUUCAGGAAGAAGGGUACCAUCGCCCUCACCACCUACCUCAGGACCUACCACAUCGGCGACUACGUCGACAUCAAGGUCAAUGGUGCUGUCCACAAGGGUAUGCCUCACAAGUUCUACCAUGGCCGCACCGGUCGUGUCUGGAACGUCACCAAGCGCGCCAUUGGUGUUGAGGUCAAUAAGCAGGUGGGGAAUAGAAUAAUCAGGAAGAGAAUUCAUGUGCGUGUAGAGCACGUUAUGCCUUCAAGGUGCACUGAGGAGUUCCGCCUCAGGAAGAUCAACAAUGACAAACUUAAGGCUGAGGCAAAGGCUAAUGGACAAAAGAUCAGUACCAAGAGACAGCCCGAGGGACCUAAACCUGGAUUCAUGGUUGAAGGUGCCACAUUAGAGACUGUGACUCCCAUUCCAUAUGAUGUUGUCAAUGAUCUUAAAGGAGGGUAUUAGGUUGUUGUUUCUUGUUUUUUUGGAAUUUACUUAGUUUUGUUUGGAUAUUGAGUCCUCUUUCCUUUUUGCAUUGGAAAGCCAUAUAUUUUUAUGAACAAUCAAACUCGAGUUUUGUCUUGUUUAUUUAACUCUAAAUGCAAGGUUAUGUGUUGUUAUUCCCUUUAA